AUGUUUUUGCCGGUGAGUGUUUCGAGCGAUUUCAGAUUUGAAAUUUCGCAAAUUUUCAGCAUAAUCGAGAGGAAAACUUGUGCUUUGCUGAAAGUGGCGAUUUUUUUGAAGUUCGAUCGAUUUGUGCGAAUCGAGAGAGGAAAUUUAUUGCGAUCACGACGAAUGAAACAGUUUAUAUUUGGUUAGCAAAUGUGAGUUGGGUUUUUGGCUGGGAAAUCAAUAAAAAUCGAUAUUUUCAGCCUCGUCUUCUUCUUUGCUCACUCCGAGAUGAUAAUCUUUGGGGAGAUGCUCACCCCAAAGGUCAAUUGAGAAAUGUUUAUUGGAGACCGGAUUCUCAAGCGAUUGCAGUUACCGUAAGUGGAUAUUUCAUAUUUUCUGGCUGAAAAUCUGCUAAAAUUUGUGAAUUUUCAUGUUUGGACUCAAAAAAACCGCAUUUUCAAGUUGAUUUUUAGACAAAUCGAAAUCAAAUCUUCAUUUAUUCAUUGGACAUUCAAUUCGAUGAAAAUUGCUACAAUUUCAUCGAUUCAAAUGAUCCAUAUUUUCAAAGGACUGCAAAAGAGCUGUUUUUGAAGGGCUCUCGGCCGAUUGUUAAUCUCAAAACACAAACUGUAAUAAAUUUGGCGGAUAUGGCGAAAUGGUGGGAUUUUUUGGGCUAAAAAUCUAUUUUUCAUGAAAUUUUAGCUUCAAAAUGAGCCAAAAACCUUAGUUUUUGGAUUAACAUGAGCAAUUAGACAAGAUUGCUCCUUUUAAACUUGAAAUUCUUGAAUUUUCCAUGAAAACCUGAAGAAUCCAAUUUCUUACCAAAAAAUUAUGGGAUUGCUCGUUUUAAACUCGAAUUUUCCAUGAAAACCUAAAGAAUUUCUCAUAUUAUACUGAAAAAUGCAAUUUUUUACAGAAAAAAAUUGCGGGUUGCUCAUUUUAAACUCAAAAUUCUCAAAUUCUCCAUGAAAACCUGAAGAAUUGCUCAGAUUAUACCGGAAAAUCCAAAUUUUCACAAAAAUUAAUAGGAUUGCUCAUUUUAAACUCAAAUUUUCCAUGAAAACCUGAAGAAUUGCUCAUAUUAUAUGGAAAAUCCAAUUUUUCACAGAAAAUUACAGGAUUGCUCAUUUUAGACAGAAAAUGAUCACCUAAAAAACUCGAAAUUUGACCCAAAAAACGUGCAUUGCUCAUGUUAAACCUCCAUUUUUCAGCUGUGUCCCUUUGCGCGACGAACUUAUCGUAACUCUCACAAAUGGUUUCACACAUCACAUUGAUUGGACGGGUCAAAUCAAUAUAAACCUAUCAUUUCGCCUAAUUUCCAUACCAUUCUCCCAAGAUCAACUCGAAAACUCGAAAUCCGAAAAAAUCGAGUCGAACUCGAUUUUCAUCAAAGAUCUGGUAUAUGCGCCUUUAAUCGGAGGAUACUGUAUUGUUUUGUCGGACGGACGAGCGGCACUUUUGACGAGUUUGGCACCGAAUUUCGCUCCCAACACUGUGCUGGGUGUUUGGGCGCAUGGUUUGGUGGAUGCCACGUGUUGCGAUGUUAAUCAUAAAUAUUUGUUGCUCAUGUUUGGAUGUCAAAAGUGAGUUUUGGGAAAUUUUGUGGGAAAAUUUGAAAAAUUCGACCUUUGGGUCUAAAAAUUGAUGAAAAAUUCGAUUUUUUCACUAAAAACUAGCAUAUUUAGUAUUAAACUUUUCAAAAUUCUUUGAAUAUUUCAGAAAUUUACCGUUCAUAGUGAAAAUUUUGGAAAAUUCGACCUUGAGGUCCAAAAAAUCGAUUUUUUCACUGAAAACUAGCAUAUUCAGUAUCAAAAUUGUUCAAAUUCACUGAAAAUUUCAGAAAUUCAGAUACUUGGUCAACUAGGUCGAAUUUUCUUUAAUUUUCACUAUGAAUAGUAUGUUUUUGAAAUUUUUAGAGAAUUCGAACAAUUUUCAUAUCAAUUAUUAUGUUAUAAAAUUUAAAAAAUAGAGAUUUUUUGAUGAUUGCUCAUAUUAGCUCAAAUUUGAGCGUAAAUAGGAUAUUGCUCAUGAAAAAUCAUGAAAUUCAGGCAUUGCUCAUUUUAAACUCAAAAAUUUCCGAAUUUUUAAUAAAAAUCUGAAGAAUUGCUCAUAGUAUACUGAAAAAACUAUUUUUUCACGAAAAAAAUCAUAGGAUUGCUCAUUUCAAACUCAAAAAAUUUUCCAGCGGUGAUAUCUGUGCCUUUAAUAUUGACGAAAUGACGGGCGGUCUUGUUCAAACCUUCCGAAUCACGCCAAAAGUCAAAAAUGGUCCCGACUUCACAAAUCGACUCGGUCAAGUUAGCGCAAUUCGAGUCGCCUCAAAUGGCCACGGUUUCGCUGCCACGUGGCACAAGUCGAGUUUGACGCCAUUUUUGGCCGUCUUCACGCCAUUCGGCGCACAAACAUUUUGUAGUUUGGAAGGAGUUAUUGAAGAGGAAGAAGAGGAAAAGAAGGAGGAGAGAAAUUGGAGCUUGACACAGUUGGAAUGGGGACCUGAAGGUGAGUGUUUACCAUGAGCAAUGCUCGAAAAGUACUCGAAUUUUUUUGAAAUUUGCAGAAUUUUGAUACCAAACAUGACUGAUUUCAAGCCGAAAAAAUGUGAAAUUUGAUGAAUUUUGAGCUAUUGCGCAUAUUAGAAAAUGGAAUUGUGUUGUUAAAUCUAAAUUCUUCAGUUUUCUGAUUUUUUUAACAUGACCAAUGUUUUUUUGGUGAAUUUCCAUUGAAAUUUGCGAUUUUAGCUGAUUUCAAGCCAAAAAUCGUGAAAUUUUAUGGAUUUCUACCCAGAAACUCAAAAAUUACAAAAUGUGAACCAUUGCUCAUGUUAGAGAUCAAAAUUGUCAGUUUUCAGAGCAUUGCUCAUGUUAAGUUUUUGAAAAAAACCUAAAAUUCAGGAUUCCUAUGUCGAAAUUCUUCGAAAAGCACGAAUUUGGGCUCAAGAUGCUCCAAAAUGCACUAAAAACCCAUUUUUUGCAGGCUAUCACAUCUGGAUUGGUGGUCCGAACACUCUAAAAGUUCAGCCAAUGGUCCGAACCUCUUCAUCUUCUUCGCCAAUCAUGGAACAUUGCUCAAGAGCAGUUUUGCUCAGCGACUCUCAAGUGCUCAUAAGUCCGGCAAGAGAACGCGAAGCGGACGCGUGUGCACCGCAUGCGGUUUGGGAUCGAAUUACGGUGACGCACGAGUAUUUGUCGGCGAAUUGGCCGCUUCGAGUGAGUUUUUGAGAUUUGGAGCAUUUUGAGCAAUUUCGACAGGAUUGCUCAUGUUAAAACGAAAAAAUCGCAAUUUUUUGAACCAAAAACUCGUUUUCCAGUAUAAUAUGAGCAAUUCUUUAGGUUUUCAUUAAAAAUCGAAAAUCUUGAGUUUAACAUAAGCAAUGCCCAGGUUUUCAUUGAAAAUUCGAGUUUAAAAUGAGCAAUCCUAUAAAUUUUUGUGAAAAUUUGGAUUAUCCCGUAUAAUAUGAGCAAUUCUCCAGAUUUUCAGUGAAAAUCCGAAUAUUUUGAGUUUAAAAUGAGCAAUCCUAUGAUUUUUAGUGAAAAAUUGGAUUGUUUUGAGCAUUGCUCAUUUUAGAUGACGUUUGAACCAGAAAGGACCUGAAAUUGAACUGUUUUGAAACAUUGCUCAAGUUAAUCCAAAUUUAGACUAAAAAUCUCAAAUUUUUAACCAAAAACUUGAUUUCCAGCCUCAAGAGUAACAUGAGUGAUUCAAAAAAAAAAUUGAGCGUUGCUCAUAUUAGCUAGAUUUAAAAAAUGAUCUGAAAUCAAGCUUUUUUGAAACAUUGCUCAUGUUUAGACCAAAACCUUGAUUUCUAGCCUCAAGAUUAACAUGAGCAAUCCUAAAUUUUUUGAGCAUUGCUCAUAUUAGUCAGAAAAUAGUCAUGUUUGGUGUCAAAAAAUCCCAAAAAGCCUGAAUUUAAUUUCAGUACGUCACAACAUCUCCGAAUUUUUCGAACCUGGCGGUAGCCGGCGAGCGCGGAUUCGCCCAUUAUUCGCAAAGUUCACGACGCUGGAAAAUUUUCGGCAACGAAAGUCAGGAAAAAAAUCUGAUCAUAACCGGAGGCCUGUUUUUUCUGGCGCGAUUCGGUGAUUGGUGCAAUUGGUGUCGAAAUGGAUGGCGAAAAAUCGAUAAUGUCGUUUUAUCCGAUUGCCGAAAAAUUGGAUAAUCGAUUUGUGAGCACGAUUGAGUUGGAGGCGAAAUCUACUAUGGUUACUGUCAGGUAAUUUUGGAUUUUUGGGUGGUUUUUUGUCGAAAAAUCAUGAAAUUUGAUUAAUUUUGACCCCAGAAGCUCAAAAACUACACAUUUUGAACCAUGGCUCAUAUUAGAAAUCAAAAAUCAUCAUUUUUGAUGAAUUUUGACCUGAACUUCUAGUUUCUGGAGAAUUCUUUAUGAAUUUUGACGAAAAUGUUGGUUUUCAGAGCAUUGCUCAUGAUAACCCGUUUUUUCAAUUGAAAUUUGAAAUUUUUAACCUGAAAUUACUGAAAUUUAGGAUUUUCAGCUGAUUUUAAGCUAAAAAUUAUGAAAAGAUGUGAUUUUCCAGUUUCUAAUAUGAGCAAUGGUUCAAAUUUUGUAAUUUUCGAGCUUCCGAGUCAAAAUUCAUCAAAAUUGCAUAAUUUUUGAAUUGAAAUCAGCUGAAAAUUCUAAAUUUCAGGUUAAAAAUUUCAAAUUUCGAUUGGAAAAUCGGUUAACAUGAGCAAUGCUCUGAAAACCAACAAUUUUUGUAAAAACUCACCGAAGAUGACGAUUUUUGCUUUCUAAUAUGAGCAAUGGCUGGAAUUUUGUAAUUUUCGAGCUUCUGAGUCAAAGUUCAUAAUAUUUUUAACAUGAGCAAUGGUUUUUCUUAAAAUUAAGCUUUCCAGUGUCAAAAUUCGUGAAAUUUGCGAAUUUCCUCCUGAAAUUUAGGGCCCAAAUCAAAAAAUUCUGAAAUUUUCAAUUUCCAGAGACGAUAUUUGUGCCAUCUUCGAUAUCAAUGCUCAAAUCACCCUCUUCAAACUGCAAAGCCACGUGGACCCGAAAAAUUCCACUUGGCCAAAAAUCUCGGCCGACAUAGUUAGCGUAAUUCGCAUCAAUGAAUUGGUUCCACAUCCAGCCUGUAUUCUAUCGAUCCAAAUGACGAAUUUGAAUUUGGAACCAGUGGAAAAUGCGAAAAAUUCGGAGCCUUCUGAUGAAAAAUCGAUGAAAAACGGUCGAAAAUCACCGAUGCCCACAUUUUUUGGAGAAAUCGAUACGAUUUUGGUGAAUAUUGGCGGACGAUUGAUCACCCUGUCUGUGGGCGAAAAUGGAAAAUUGCACCAACCCAUUGUGAUUGCGAGUUUUGUGGAGAAAAUGUGGCAUAUGGGUUGUGUUGGAGCGAAAAAACCCGCGAAAAAUGGCCGGCAUUUGGAAAAUGCACUUUGGAUUGCGUGUGGAGCCAAAGGAGUUAAGGUAAAUUUGGAAUUUGACAUGAGCAAUGCUCAUUUUUUGAUGAAAUCGAGAAAUUUGCAACAUUUUGAGCCGCAAAAUUGUGAUUUUCAAUGAAAACCUGAAGAAUUGCUCAUCUUAUACUGAAAAAUCCAAAUUUCCUCUAAAAAUCAUAGGAUUGCUCAUCUUAAACUCAAAUUGAAAAGCCGAACAUUUUGAGUUGAAAAUGAGCAGUCCUAUAAUUUUUGGAUUUUUCAGUAUAAUAGGAGCAAUUCUUUAGGUUUUUACUAAAACUCGAACUUGAGUUUAACAUGAGCAAUGCUCAAGUUUUCAUUUAAAAUUUGCGAAUUUUGAGUUUAAUAUGAGCAAUCCUAUGAUUUUUGAAUUUUUUAGUAUAAUAUGAGCAAUUCUUCGGGUUUUCAUCGAAAGUUUGAGAAUUUUUGAGUUUAUGAUGAGCAAUGCUCAAGUUUUCUUUAAAAAUUCGAGAAUUUUGAUUUUAAUAUGAGCAAUCUUAUGAUUUUUGAAUUUUUCAGUAUAAAAUGAGCAAUUCUUCGGGUUUUCAUUGAAAAUUUGAGAGUUUUUGAGCUUAAGAUGAGCAAUCCAAUGAUUUUUUUUUUGAAAAAAUGGAUGCUAUAGUAUAAUAUGAGCAAUCUUUUGGGUUUUUUGGCUCAAAAUGCUGCAAAUUCCCAGAAAAAUCCAAAUUUUCACAAAAAUUCCACUUUUUCAGGUUUGGAUGCCUCUAAUUCCCGGAAAACGCAAUCAAAUCUCCACCCAGGAAAUGCAAUUUAUUGCAAAACGAAUAAUGUUGCCGUUCGAUCUCGAGAUUUAUCCAAUUCUAAUCUCAGCCACGAAUUGUCUUGCCGCCGGCGUCGAAAUUCAGACGCAAGCGAUUUUUGCGCAGUCGAAAAAAAUCCAAAUUUUCCAAAUCUCGCGCAAUUCCGAAGUCUUCAUACAUCAUUUACUGCGUCAACUUCUCAAACGAAAUUUGGGCGUUUUUGCGUUGGAACUCGGCGUUUCGUGCCGUAAUUUGCCGUAUUUUUCGCAUAGUCUGGAAUUGUUAUUACAUGGUGUUUUGGAAGAAGAAGCGACGAGUAGUGAACCAAUUCCCGAUCCAUUACUACCAAGAUGUGUUGCGUUUAUUCAUGAAUUUCCCGAAUUUUUGAGAGUGAGUUGAGGGGGAUUUUGGGUCAAAAAUCUGAAAUUUUGAGCAUUUUGAGCCCAGAAAUCGUAGUUUUUUGAGGAUUUUUGAGCUAGAGUGCUUUUUCCUAAAAAUUUAACCUCAAUUUUUCGACUAAAAUGAACAAUGCCACAAAUUUCAUCGUAAUUAAAGGGUUGGUGCUUUCCUGGUGAAAAAAUCGUCUGCAAAAAGGCGUCACAGUGUUGUUUUCAAAGUUGUGUGCAAACACACACACGAAAAUUCAAAAACAAGUUGUGCGCUAGAGCGCAUUUACAUGCUUUAUUUCGUAGGUUUUAACUCGCUUGUGUUUUUGAGGAAAAACAUGGGCUGAAUUGAUACUAUAAUUUUUUCUAAAACUGGAACCUUCCAGGAGCACCUUAUUCCUAUCUAAACCAAACAAGAUUCCCUGGCGGAGCACCAACCCUUUAAUGCAAAUUUUGAGCAUUGCUCAUUAUAGUUUGAUUUAAAAAAUCGUUUGAAGCGUUUUGAGCCAAAAUUCGAAUGACCUGGAAUUUUUUUCGAAGUUUAACAUGAGCAAUAUUCUACUUUUGCACUAAUUCCGCAAUUUUUGAACUAAAAUGAGCAACGCCAUUAAUUUCAUCAAAAAUUCAGAAUUUUUGGGCAUUGCUCAUGUUAGAUCUGAUUUAAAAUAUAGUUUUGAGCAUUUUUGGCCAAAUUUCAAAUAACCUGGAAUUUUUUGAAGUUUAACAUGAGCAAUAUUAUAUUUUAGGCUCAAAACAUUCCUAUUUUUCAGACAAUCGCCCACUGUGCUCGAAAAACCGAACUCGCUCUCUGGCCGGCUCUUUUUGAUGUCACCGGCUCGCCAAUUGCUCUUUUCGAAGAAUGUUUGAAAUUGGGACAACUCGAAAAUGCUGCGAGUUUUGUGAUUGUUCUGCAGAAUUUCGAGAGUCUGGAAACAAGUAUGGAGGUACAUUUUUUUCUUCAAAAACAGCUUAAAAUGAGCAAUAUCUUAGUUUUGCUCAAAUCCCUCGAUUUUUCACUCAAAACAUCACAAUUUUUAGACUAAUAUGAGCAAUGCUAUUGAUUUCAAGCUUUUUUUUAUAGUUUAGACUUUUCGGACCUGAAUUUCAGGCUUCAGGUUUUUUUCUAAAACUCCAACAUGAGCAAUAUCAUAAUUCGGGCAUUUUCUCGAUUCUUAACAUGAGCAAUGCCUCAAUUUCAGGCUUUUUUCCUGAAUUUUGAACCUUUCACUAAAUUUUAGGCUUUUUUCCUGAAUUUUAUAUUAUUUCCUGAAAAUUUUAACAUGAGCAAUAUCUUAGUUUUUGGUCAAAUUCUGCAAACUUUUCUGAGUUUUGUCUCAAAAUAUCAAAAUUUUUAGACUAAAAUGAGCAAUGACUGAAUUUUCAGUCUGAAACCUAAUUUUUUCAGCAAGCCGCGCGACUUGUCGACGCCGCAUUGGCAGCCAAAAAAUGGUCGAUUGUUAAAGAGAUGGUGCGAUUUGCCAAAUCGAUUGGAGCUGAAGAUAUGGUUGCGGAAAACGUCGCGGCAACCCCGCAGACGCCUCCGCCUUCCGCAAAGGUUUCCGCGUCUUCUCGCCGCGCCACAGCCGCAGGUUCCCCAUCACCAACCACAAACGAUGAAUUUUUCGUGAAUCGAUUUCAAGCGGCGGCUGGAAAAUUGACGAAAAUGCGACAUUCGGAUGCGGCGACAACAACGCGGAAAGAUUCAAAAGUUGCGGCGAGUCGCGAGGCUUCCGCAACGCUUGCCGCAGAAAAUCGCCUUGCCACGCGGAUUUAUGCGAUUCUCGAGCAACAUUGUUGGCAAUUGUUGAAUGAAUAUUGGAUUUUAGAUUUGGGUGAGCACUUUUUUGGUCAUUGCCCAUGUUAGAUAGCAAAAAAUCUUGUUUUUUAAAGAAAAAUUUCGCAUAAAUUGGAAUUUUUGAAGUUUAACAUGAGCAAUAACAAAAAUUCAGAAUUUUCAGGCAUUGCUCAUGUUAGAUUGCAAAAAAUCUGUAUUUCAAGAAAAAGUUCGAAUAACCUGGAAUUUUUGAAGUUAAACAUGAGCAAUAACAAAAAUUCAGAAUUUUCAGGCAUUGUUCAUGUUAGAUUGCAAAAAAUAUGAUAGUUUGAGCCAAAAAAUCGUGAUUUUCAAGGAAUUUUGAGCAUUGCUCAUGAUAAUUGUGAAAAAUUUGAUUCAAAAAAUAGUUUGGAGCAUUUCAAGUCAAUAUUCGAAAAAUCUGGCUUUUUUUUUGAAGUUUAACAUGAGCAAUAUCCUAUUUUUGGCUCAAAAUAUCCCCAAUUUCUUCCAGGAAAUCUGACGUCCGAAUUGGAUUUCGAUCUUUCCGCAUUCCUCGAAUCAUCGCGUCGCCACACCAAAAAUCAACAUCAAAAAUCCGGUGAAAUUCUCGAUUUUCCGCUGGCCCUAACUCGCCUCCACGCCCAAUUCCAAUGGCCAUAUCCUCUAGUUGGAGCGAAAUUUGUGCACCAAAUCGAGAAAAAAUUGGGAGCAUUGCGAACUAGUCGAUCAUCUGCAAGUCUAUCUGAAACAUCGGAAAUGUUCGAAUCGAAUGGUGUUGUGACGGAAGCGGAAAAAGUGCGCAUUUCGACGCAAGCAACAACGCAAGCGGAAGAUGAGGAGAUACACGUGGAAGAAUUGCGACGCGUCGACGCUUCCGAAUCCACGUCAUGCGAUGCGGCGUCACUCGCAAAGUCGCCCAGUAUCGCGUCGUAUGCGGCGGAGGAUGCGGUUUCCGCGCCCGAUUUUUUGGUCGCGGCACCGCGCGGAAGCCUACGCAACGCUGCGCAACUCGAAUUCUUGUUGAAGAUGUUUGCGCAAGCUGGAGCUAUUGAUUGGGUGUUUUUGGUGAGUUUUUUUGUGCUGGACAAAAUUCUGCAUUGCUCAUAUUAGAAAUAAGAAAUUAUAAUUUUUUGUAAGAAAAACUGGUUAAGAUGAGCAAUUUUCUAGAUUUUCAGGUCAAUAAAUCAUAAUUUUUGCAUUUCCAAUAUCCAAUAUGAGCAAUGGUUCAAAUUUGGUAAUUUUUUGAGCUUCUGGGUCAAAUUUCAUGACCCCAGGAGCUCGAAACUUGAUACGUUGCUCAUAUUAAAAAAUUAGAAAUUAUGAUUUUCACUAACGAGCAUUGCUCAUGUUAUCGAUUUGCUGAAAAUUUGGAUUUUCAGAUGGUUUCAGGCCAAAAAUCAUGAAUAUUCGGAAGAAUUUGAAGUCUGGAGCUCGAAAAACACAAAAUUUGAUCCAUUUGAGAUUGGGAAUUCGAAAAUUAUGAUUUUUUGUAACAAAAAUGGUUAAGAUGAACAAUGUUCUAGAUUUUCAGGUCAAUAAAUGAAAUUUUUUUAAUUUCCCAUGUCUAACAUGAGCAAUGGUUCAAAUUUCGUAGUUUUUGAGCUUCUGAGUCAAAUAUCAUCAAUUAUUCAUGAUUUUUGGCUUCAAAUCAGUUGAAAAUCCUAAAUUACAGUAUUUUUAGGUUAAAAAUUUCAAAUUUCAAUUCAAAAAAUGGGUUAUUAUGAGCAAUGCUCUGAAAACUAACAAUUUUUGUGAAAAUUCCACCAAAAAUGAUCGGUUUCCAAUUUCUAACAUGAUCAAUGGUUCAAAUUUUGUAAAUUUUGAGUUUCUGGGUCAAAAUUCAUCAAAUUUGCAUGAUUUUUGGCUUCAAAUAAGCUGAAGAUCCCAAAUUUCAGUAUUUCCAGGUUAAAAAUUUCAAAUUUCAAUUUUAAAAAACGGGUUAAGAUGAGCAAAUGUCUCCGAAUUUUAUGAGUUUGGCUCAAAAUCAGCGAAAAUUCCCGAUUUUUUCAAUGUAGCGGCGUAAUUUUGUGGAAUAAACAUUUUUGCAGUUAUGUCUUCUGAGUCGUGACGAACGUCGCCUUUGGCACGAAGUUCAACCAUCAUUGAUCGAAAAAUGCGGUGUACGAAAUUUUGCGCGAACUCGAAAAGCUUGUGCAGAACUCGCGAGAUGGGCGGUCGAAAAAUGUUGUGGAUACGUGGCACUACUUCAGGCAUUUGACGCACAUCUCACGGUAGUUGCACAACAAUCCGGAUGCGCUGAUGUGAAAUAUGUUGCGGAAAAUGAGGCGGAUCGAAUGCGGAAAACUCGUGAAAGUGCUGGAAAAAAUGGGGGAAGAGCGAGAAGUCGAAGUGUUGAUCGAAUUGGACAGAAAAAUGUGAAGAGGUAUGGGAAUUUUCAACACUCAUAUAUAGAAUUGCUCAUCUUAAACUCAAAAGACAAAAAUAAAUCUCAUUUUUGCAGAUAUGAUGAUGUUGUCUGUGCUGAAGAUGUUCUAGAGAAAGUGGAUGACGAGAGUUGCUCAAUUAUGUGAACGAAAAAAUCAAUAAUUUAUUUUCUUGUGAUAUUUUUUGACGCCAAAAUAAAUGGCGUCAGGUUUUGUUUGAUUUAUGAAAUGCGGUGCUUAAUGAAUUUGGAUUCUAUUGAAAAUGUUUCAGCUCCCCAGUUGAAUUUUAUACUACAUGUUCCACAGCCACAAACACAAGCUCUGAAAAUAUACAUGAAUUUGAAAAAUUACCUGACAAUGAGAAUUCCGGAUUCUCCAUCAUUCUCCAUUUUUUCGAUCGAUUGAGUACUGUGAGAAUUUAUGGGAAUAUUUUUCAAAAAAGGGUUUUCGAUUUUGAAAAAUUAGUUAUUUAUUGAAAAGUUUUUGAGGGAGAAAAAAGUUCAGAAGAACAAGUUUUAUAUCAAAAAUCAUUCAUAAAACGUUUGCUUUGAAGUUUUAUUUUUUGGGUGAAAAAAUUUUUCCAGUGUAAAAUUUUAAUGGAAAAUCUUCAAAAUUCUUCAAAUCUUGAACAUCUCAAUUGAACGAGGUUAUCAAAUCAAUUUUUUGUCAAAUAAUUUUCAAAUUUAAUUCCAGUGCCACGUGGAUUCAUUUUUUCCCGAGUUUCAGCUCAAUCUGAACAUAUUGAUAAUUCAGUGAUAACAAAUGAUAAGAGCUUCUGGGAUGAAGCUAGUGUUCCAAACUUAUUAAAAAUAGUAUCUACGACCCCCAGACAUCAUUUUCUGUAAGUUUCAGCGAAAUCCGAGCAUAUUGAUAAUUUAGUGAUAAGAACUGAUAAGAGCUUCUAGGAUGAAGCUGGAGCUCUAAAAUUAUCAAAAAUGUCAUCUACUAUCACCAAACAUCAUUUCCUCCAACUUCCAGCUUAUUCUGAUAAUUUUGAUAUUUUUUUGAUAAUCACUGAUAAGAGGUGAUAAGCUCAUUUUCGUGUAAAAUCAUUAUCACCAUGAUGCUCCACGGAGCCGAAAACCCCCCACCCAUGAAUUUCAGAAGGUUUGAUCAAUUUUUCAAAAAUCGAAAAAAAUCGUGAAAUUUAGGAUAAACUAUUAUUAUUUUCCUCCCCUUUUCUCUCAAUUUUUGAGAGAAAAAAAAUAAUAGUUUAUCCUAUUUUUCUAUCCGUGUUUCCCUUUUUCCGAAAAAAUGGAUCAACUACAGUAAUCUUUUGUGGAAUUUUUUUUCGAAAAUGGUCCCAAUGGACUAUAUGAUGUAAAAAAUAUCUCCCUAGGGGUAAAUGAGUGUGCUGAACACGCUGGAAGCAUCUAAUUCUCGUGAAAACGAACGGUUCUUGAGUUAUGGAGCGAAAACAAAAAAGUACCAAUUCAGGUUCCCAGUGACUGAAACUUUCUGAAAAUGUUCACCUAGGGGUAUUUUUCGAUUUUAAGCACGAAAAAAUCAUUUAUAAUUGAUUUUGACAGCUUUUUGAUGUAGAAAAAACAAAAUUUCAAAAAUGCGUUCUGGGAAACAAAUAUUUACAAGACCAAUAAUCAAUAUUUGAAAAAUUCCUUUAGGGAAUUUCAUUAUAAGGGUAUUUGCAAGGUUUCAGAAGAAUUUCUCAAUAUCCCAUGCCUAGGUUUGAUAGUCAUACCAUGAUAUGUGAUGUACCAAAAUGUUGCCACCUUCAUAACUCAUGAAAAUUUUCAUUUUUAUCUUGCGAGCUCUAAUCAGGCUUAUAGAGCUCGCUUAGAGCUACAAUUUAAAAAAAAAAUGUUUAGGUCCAUCUUUUCAAUGAACCGAGUUUUGGGCGGUUGAACACAAAAAAAAUCGAUUUUUCAAAAAUCCGAAAAUCAAUGAAAAAAAAAAUUUGUCCAAUUAUAAAAAUUUUUUCAAAGUUGUUCGCCUGGAGAUUCUGAACAACGUACAAUAUUCAGAAUUUCGAUUUCAAAACUUAGCCAUUUUUUUUUAAAUUUUUAAUAAAAAUCUGGAAUGAAAAAUUGGGGUUUUCGCCUUCACAGUUACUUCUGGGUGGUUACUAAGCCUAAGCCUUUUUUAACAGUGUUAAAAAUUUUCUUUCAAUUUUUUUAGCUUUAAAGUUGCUUCUGGGUGGCUUACUAAGCUUUUUUUUACAUUUUUGGAUUUGUCCAAAUCUGUAACUUUUUUUUAAAAAAAUUUUUGUUAGCUACCCGCUUGACUCUUGUUAGCUACCCGCUUGAUUCGAAUCGGUUCGAAUCGGUUCGAACCGAUUCGAGUCGAUUCGAACCGAUUCGAACCGAUUCGAGUCGAUUCGAACCGAUUCGAACCGAUUCGAACCGAUUCGAACCGAUUCGAACCGAUUCGAAAAAAUUUUUGUUAGCUACCCGCUUGACUCUUGUUAGCUACCCGCUUGAUUCGAUCCGAUUCGAGUCGAUUCGAGUCGAUUCGAGUCGAUUCGAACCGAUUCGAGUCGAUUCGAACCGAUUCGAACCGAUUCGAGUCGAUUCGAACCGAUUCGAACCGAUUCGAACCGAUUCGAACCGAUUCGAACCGAUUCGAAAAAAAUUUUUGUUAGCUACCCGCUUGACUCUUGUUAGCUACCCGCUUGAUUCGAUCCGAUUCGAGUCGAUUCGAGUCGAUUCGAACCGAUUCGAGUCGAUUCGAACCGAUUCGAACCGAUUCGAGUCGAUUCGAACCGAUUCGAACCGAUUCGAACCGAUUCGAACCGAUUCGAACCGAUUCGAAAAAAAUUUUUGUUAGCUACCCGCUUGACUCUUGUUAGCUACCCGCUUGAUUCGAUCCGAUUCGAGUCGAUUCGAGUCGAUUCGAGUCGAUUCGAGUCGAUUCGAGCCGAUUCGAGCCGAUUCGAGUCGAUUCGAGCCGAUUCGAAUCGAUUCGAAUCGAUUCGAAUCGAUUCGAAUCGAUACGAGGCAUUUUUUUUUAAUUUUUCUGGGUGGUUAUUCGAGUCUGGGUGGUUAUUCGAGUCUAUUCGAGUCGAUUCGAGUCGAUUCGAGUCGAUUCGAGCCGAUUCGAGUCGAUUCGAGCCGAUUCGAGCCGAUUCGAGUCGAUUCGAGCCGAUUCGAAUCGAUUCGAAUCGAUUCGAGGCAUUUUUUUUUAAAUUUUUAA